AUGGCGCCGGCCGCCCGCGCCGCUCCCCACUCCCCCGAGGACAAGUCCUCUGAGGGCGCGGCGCCCAGGAAGCGAUGGGGGAUCGAGGAGGUGGGCGAGAUCGACUCCGAUGGGGCGACGGAGGAGGAGGAGGACUCGAGCGGGGAUGACGAUUUUGAGGACAUGGGAGUGAUUGGGGUCAAGCGGCGCGGGUGUCAACCCUGGGACCAGAGCAUCUCCGGGGGAAGCUCCAAGGAGAGGAGGCUCGAUGACAGCCCAAGGACACCACCGCGAGCUGCACCAGAGUAUUCACAGUUUGUGCAGAAGGAAGAUGCACUAGAGUCCCUGGCAAGCACAGAGCCAGCUGGCUCAGGGGCAUUCGCAACACCAAUGGAGGAACUCAGCUAUGGUGUCCCCCCUGUAGGGACGUGGCAGAGGGACCCUGAGGCACUCAUGGGGCUGUUUGAACCUGGAAGCCCAGGGCCCACUCCCGAUGAGUGUGGGCCAGAUGAAGCAAUGAGCACUGGGAAGUCAAGUUCAGAGGCCGAUGCAUUGUCACCGGUUGAGGGUUUGGUGGACAUUGGGCUAUCGCCAGAAUUGGAGACAUCUCCUGAAGGGGAACGCCGUCUUGACAAGAGACUGACUUGUUGGAAGGAGAACAGCACGUGGCUCAAAGAAGCCAUUGAUGACUCUUGUCAAGGAGAUCGCGAUUGCACUGCACUAGUUCCCAACAGCAACCUCCUCUCCACUCUUCCUGCCUCAGUCACAGACUCCCUGGAUGCCUCCCAAUCCCAAACCUAUGACAUGCUGGUGGAUGAUGGGUGCAUGCUGGGCAAGACAUUCAGGGUCGGAUGGGGGCCUCGAAACAUAUAUGCAGUCAGGACAGGCUCCACGAGGGUGACCAUCUGCAGGGCUUCACUCCAAUCAGAGGCGGAUGAGGAUUCCAGAGACAGGCUACGCGAGCGUGUGUGCCUGGGCUUGAGAACCCUGCAUGCUCACAGCGAGUGCCAUGGUGGCCGGCAUCCCUCCGGCAUACCCUCACUGGCAGACAGCGGCCAUCCCUCCAGUGGGGUUCUACCAUCCUGGCGGCUGGUGUCAAGCCCAGGGGCCUUGUCACAGCUGACGGACGAGAUCCAGGAUGCGCUGGUGGGCUUUGCGGGAUCUCACAAGUUUGCCAGUGGCGAGGGAUCUGAUGAAAAAGAGGCUGUCCUGCAUGAGGCCUGCACUUGGGAGCUUGUGAAGAAAUUGUUCGCAGAGGACAUGUCAGAAGAAGACCCCAUGAUGAGACUCUUUCGGAGACGAGCCAACGUUGGCGAGUGGCUGGCGCUCAUGACCAAGGAACGAGUUUUGCAAGAACUCGAUGCCCUGUGCUCCGAAUCGGUGGAUCCUGGUGACGAGGACGUGUUUCUGAAGGCAGUUGCCAUACUCCUGAGCGGCCACAACCUGUUCAAAGCCUCAGUGUUGUCUGCCUCCCGGCGCGACUCGCGACUCGCUGCUCUCCUUUCAGUGGCGGGCGGGUACCGCUGCAUGCGGGAUUCUCUAAGAAGCGAGGUGGGCAGCAUAAUGAAGGAUGGGAGGGCAGUGGGGUAUCUGCCAGAGCGCUUGGGCAUCUACCAGCUGCUGAUGGGGAACUCGAAGUGGAUUGAGAAGACGCUGGACCUUGAUUGGCGGCAAUCUCUGGGGAUAUACCUCUG